ACGCAGCGCCUUUCGCUUUGUGGGAUGACGUGUCAGCAAAGUUCCGGAAGCUUUCAGCCUGUCCAAAAUGGCUUACCAGACACUACAACAGGAGUACUUACAGAUUCCUGUUGUUACCAGGGCAUAUACAACAGCAUGUGUCCUCACAACCGCUGCAGUGCAACUAGAGAUCAUCACACCAUUUCAGCUAUACUUUAAUCCAGAUUUGAUUCUAAGGAAUUACCAGGUAUGGCGACUAAUAACCAAUUUCCUGUUUUUUGGUCCGGUUGGCUUCAAUUUCCUGUUCAAUAUGAUUUUUCUGUACAGAUACUGUCGUAUGCUAGAGGAAGGUUCUUUCAGGGGACGCACAGCUGACUUUGUCUUCAUGUUUCUUUUUGGUGGGCUUCUGAUGACUAUAUUUGGCACUUUUGUGAGUUUGGUCUUCUUGGGCCAAGCUUUCACUAUCAUGCUGGUUUACGUGUGGAGUCGACGAAACCCAAACGUUCGCAUGAAUUUCUUUGGCCUGUUGAAUUUCCAGGCACCUUUCCUGCCCUGGGUGCUGAUGGGAUUCUCACUUCUGCUGGGCAACUCCAUCAUCGUGGAUCUUUUAGGUAUCGCUGUCGGUCAUGUGUAUUUCUUCUUGGAGGAUGUUUUCCCUAACCAGCCAGGUGGUGGAAGGUGGCUCAGAACCCCAUCAAUCAUAAAGAUGCUGUUUGACACUCCAGAGGAAGAUGCCAACUACAACCCCCUGCCUGAGGAACGCCCAGGUGGGUUUGCCUGGGGAGAGGGACAGCGCCUUGGAGGUUAAAUAUGCCCCCAGAUCAUCCCUGAUUUUCAGGUUACUUCCAAGGACAUUCCCUCAGGUGGAUGAAGGGAACGGACAUGGUCUUUGUUUUUGACGUGUUUGUUUAGUUCUGGAUGAAGAAUGGCAAACAACCAGAACUGGUUUGAAGAUAACCAUUUGUUGUCUUUGUAAAUGGGCUUAAAUCAUUUUCAGAAACUCUUCUUGAUGCCAGAUCGUUGCUCUGAGACAAUUUGCGAGAACAGAGGCGGAUGGAACUUUGGACAGCGAGUCUUUCGGCUCCGGUUAUGUUUGUCUUCAUCUCAGAAAAAAACAUAUUGAUAUACACAGCAACUGUCAUAUGAAAGAGGAAAAAUGACAGCAGUAAAAUAUUAUCAAAAUGAAUUUGUUCAGAUGGAAAGUGCUUUUUUUUUCAUUUAACUUUUUUAAAGAAUAAAUGUGUGUGGCAAAUGGUG